ACUGAUCCUUUGUGUUGUCUGCAGAUUUAAGGAUCACAGUGCAGCUAUGGAUAGCGAACCAAACUCUGGAACAUCGUCAGUGUCAACAACAGCCAAUAGCACUACCACCACCACUAUCACCACUUCCUCCUCUCGAAUGCAGCAACCGCAGAUCUCUGUCUACAGUGGUUCAGACCGACAUGCUGUUCAGGUAAUUCAACAGGCAUUGCAUCGCCCCCCCAGCUCGGCUGCUCAGUACCUCCAGCAGAUGUACGCGGCUCAGCAACAGCACUUGAUGCUGCACACGGCUGCUCUUCAGCAGCAGCAUCUCAGCAGCUCCCAGCUCCAGAGCCUCGCUGCUGUCCAGGCAAGCUUGUCCAGUGGAAGGCCAUCUACAUCCCCGACAGGAAGUGUCACACAGCAGUCAAGUAUGUCCCAGACAUCUAUCAACCUCUCCACUUCUCCUACACCUGCUCAGUUGAUGAAUCGCUCCCAGGCGUCCAGUUCCAGCAGUGGCAGUAUUACCCAGCAGACUAUGUUACUAGGGAGCACCUCCCCUACCUUGACGGCCAGCCAAGCUCAGAUGUAUCUCCGAGCUCAGAUGCUGAUUUUCACACCCGCUACCACUGUGGCUGCUGUGCAGUCUGACAUUCCUGUUGUCUCGUCGUCAUCGUCACCUUCCUGUCAGUCUGCAGCUGCUCAGGUUCAGAAUUUAACAUUACGCAGCCAGAAGUUGGGUGUCUUGUCUAGCUCACAGAAUGGCCCACCAAAAAGCACUGGUCAAACUCAGUCAUUGACAAUUUGUCAUAAUAAAACAACAGUGACCAGUUCUAAAAUCAGCCAACGAGACCCUUCUCCAGAGAGCAAGAAGGGAGGAAGCCCAAGCCUGGAAUCUCGAAGCACAGCGGUCACUCGGACUUCAAGCAUUCACCAGUUAAUAGCACCAGCUUCAUAUUCUCCAAUUCAGCCUCAUUCUCUAAUCAAACAUCAACAGAUUCCUCUUCAUUCACCACCUCCUAAGGUUUCCCAUCAUCAGCUGAUUUUACAACAGCAACAACAGCAGAUUCAGCCAAUCACCCUUCAGAGUCCAACUCAAGAUCCGCCCCCAUCCCAGCACUGUAUCCCGCUUCCAAACCAUGGCCUUUCUCCAGCUCCUAGUAAUGCCCAGUCACAGCAUUGCUCACCAAUUCAGAGCCAUCCCCCUCCUUUAACUGUGUCUCCUAAUCAGGCACAAUCGGCACAGCAGUCUGUAGUGGUGUCUCCUCCUCCACCUCAUUCCCCAAGUCAGUCUCCUACUAUAAUUAUCCAUCCACAAGCACUUAUCCAGCCACACCCUCUUGUGUCUUCAGCUCUUCAAACAGGGCCAAAUUUGCAGCAGGCUACUGCUGAUCAGGUACAACCCACAGCACAGCUGAAUCUUCCAUCCCAUCUUCCACUUCCAGCAUCCCCUGUUGUACACAUUGGCCCAGUCCAACAGUCUGCCUUGGUGUCCCCUGCUCAGCAGAUUGUGUCUCCAACAUCACACCAGCAAUAUUCAGCCCUGCAGUCAUCUCCAAUUCCAAUCGCAACCCCUCCACAGAUGUCGACAUCUCCUCCAGCUCAGAUCCCACCACUGCCCUUGCAGUCUAUGCAGUCUUUACAAGUGCAGCCUGAAAUUCUGUCCCAGGGCCAGGUUUUGGUGCAGAAUGCUUUGGUGUCAGAAGAAGAGCUACCUGCUGCAGAAGCUCUGGUCCAGUUGCCAUUUCAGACUCUUCCUCCUCCACAGACUGUUGCGGUAAAUCUCCAAGUACAGCCACCAGCACCCGUUGAUCCACCAGUGGGAAUGCAUUUGAACCAGUGUCAUCUGCACAAAGUUUUUUCUCUUAAGGUUUAUCAAGUAGAAGAUGUGUGUGAGGAAGAAAUGCCAGAGGAGUCAGAUGAGUGUGCGAGGAUGGAUAGAACACCACCACCACCCACCUUGUCUCCAGCAGCCAUAACUGUGGGGCGAGGAGAGGACUUGACAUCUGAACAUCCUUUGUUAGAGCAAGUGGAGUUGCCUGCUGUGGCCUCAGUCAGUGCUUCAGUGAUUAAGUCUCCAUCAGAUCCUGCCCAUGGCUCUGUUCCUCCACCACCACUCUUAAUUCCAGCUGCUGCCACGAGGGGCAAUAGCACAUCUAUGGCCAGCAGCGCUCCCAACCUAGAAAACAAACCUCCACAGGCUAUUGUCAAACCACAGAUCUUGACUCAUGUUAUUGAAGGUUUUGUGAUUCAGGAGGGAUUGGAGCCAUUUCCUGUGAGUCGCUCAUCUUUGCUGAUAGACCAACCUGUGAAAAAGAGGCCUCUUUUGGAUAAUCAGGUGGUGAAUUCUGUGUGUGUUCAGCCAGAACUACAGAAUAAUACAAAGCAUGCAGAUAAUUCGUCUGACACCGAGAUGGAGGACAUGAUUGCUGAAGAGACAUUAGAAGAAAUGGAUAGUGAAUUGCUCAAGUGUGAAUUCUGUGGAAAAAUGGGAUAUCCUAAUGAAUUUUUACGGUCAAAACGAUUCUGUACUAUGUCAUGUGCCAAAAGGUACAAUGUUAGCUGUUCUAAAAAAUUUGCACUUAGUCGUUGGAAUCGUAAGCCUGAUAAUCAAAGUCUUGGGCAUCGGGGUCGUCGUCCAAGUGGCCCUGAAGGAACAGCAAGAGAACAUAUCCUUAGGCAGCUUCCAAUUACUUAUCCAUCUGCAGAAGAAGACUUGGCUUCUCAUGAGGAUUCUGUGCCUACUGCCAUGACAACUCGUCUGCGCAGGCAGAGUGAGCGGGAAAGAGAACGUGAGCUGCGUGAUGUGAGGAUUAGGAAAAUGCCUGAGAACAGUGACUUGCUUCCAGUUUCACAGACAGAGCCCUCUAUAUGGACGGUCGAUGAUGUCUGGGCCUUCAUCCAUUCUUUGCCUGGCUGCCAGGAUGUUGCAGAUGAGUUCAGGGCACAAGAGAUUGAUGGACAGGCCCUGCUCUUGCUAAAAGAAGACCAUCUCAUGAGUGCAAUGAACAUCAAGCUGGGCCCAGCCCUGAAGAUUUGUGCACGCAUCAACUCUCUGAAGGACUCUUAACAGGAACCCAAGACUUUGAUGUAUUAUCAGUUAUAUCCCUCAUAGUAGGUAAUGGUAAAGCCUCAUUUGACUGAGAAUAUUAGACUGAUGAUGGAAGGCCAAGCACUUUGGGACCGCCACUUGCAGUGCCGACAUUUCUCUUCAGAUACCCUAACUCAUCAUACAUUUUCAUAAUUAGCCAACGUUGGUAAAGUUAAUUUUACCAGUUACAUACAACACUGAAAGACUUGUUACAGAGGCCCAUAUUUUUCAAAGAAACAUGUUAUACUAGAUAAUUUUUUAAAGGUAAUGUUUAUCAUUAGUAUAAGAGAAGCCUUUUAAAAAUAAUUAUUGAUUUACAGUCCCCCUCCUUUGAUUCUGUUUUCUUAUACAUUUUUCUACCCUGUUAGUUUUCCAAAGGUUAUCGUAGAGAUAUAAGGUAAUUUAGGAGCCCAUUGACAGAAUCGAAUGCAAUGAAAUAUCAGUAUGUUUAAAAAACCCAUCUUCCUGACAAAUGCUUUGUCUUUAAAACAGGAUCGUGUUCUUGCAUAAGCAGUAUUUAUGGAGGUCACAAGAGUCUGUAUUCUAGACUUCACCCAGAUCGGCAUGACUGACAGUUUUCCUCUUGGUUUUGUACAUUAAGAGCAAUAGUUCUCAGUGAAGGUCUCUUUUUGUCCUCUAGGGGGCAUUUGGCAAUAUCUAGACACAUUCUGGUUACCAAAGCCUGUGGCUGUUACAGGAAUUGAGGAGGUGGUAGUGGCAGCCAGAGAUGUUGUUGAAAGCUCUUCAGUGCACAGGACUAUUACCAAGAAUGACCUUUUAGAGAUGCCAGCAGUGCCAAGGUUGAGAAGCUGGUGAGCAAGGCGUGCUACGUGUUGGUCUUUUUCACGUGCAGGGAACAUACUUUAAAGAUAAGGUCUGAUAAGAAUUACAUGUAUAGUGAAGUAUUAUUCAAAUGGCAUUAAUGUUCUGCUGAAGGUUUUUUUUUUUUUUUUUUUUUUUUUUUUAUUUUACAGUUUAACUGUAUACUAGAAAAGGGAAGAAAAUCCGUAAAACUGGUCUACAAGAUUAGGGUAAUUUACAGAACAUGUGACUGAUAGGGCGUACAGCACUGGUCACCUUUUCCUGACUGUUGUCCUGUACUGGUGAGGGUGGAAGAUGCAGUCAUGCCUGGAAGAGUUGGCAGGGGGGUGUGACCCGUUUGUGUGCUCUCUUGGAGCGACCCUGCUGAGUCUGUCUAGAAUGCACAUUUCUUUCUUCCUUAAGUCCUUGGAUUCUUCCCAUAAAGCAUUGAAAGUGACUUCUCUUAACCGAAGUGUUGACUCAGCAGUUAUUUUCUGUAGAGUUAGGACAUUAAGACAGAGAUUUCUGUGGGUGCUCUGAGAGCCUUAAAGUGCUGGACAUCAGAAGAGUUGAUGACUUUGCUUUCUCUAUCUUUACCACAUCAUUAAGAAAUCUGAGCAGUUAAAGGAGUGGCUAACAAACCCUUGGCCACAGACGUCGGAGACAGCAGAGUCUGAGUUUACUCAUUUACACUGCUCUUUUCAGAGACUCUGUUGAGCCAGUAGAAGACUAACAGAUGUCACAAAGGUAUCACAAAUAUUUAUCUUUUGUCUUUGUGUACAUUAGAAAAUGUUGGUUAUUUUUAUACAAAAAUAUAGUGGGUAAUUUUUUUAAUCUUUAGAUGCCUCUUGUUUGAAUGUAUGCUUUGUGGGAUUGUUAAUGUAGUAGUUGAAAAGGUGUUCACUGGUAGUCCUGUGUAGACUCGGAAUGUGAAAGUAGUGGGAGGCUCAUGUUUCCAACCUACAGUAGUAUAGUCUCUGUUACAUAUUUCGUUGCAUCACAUUUUGUUAUUAACGUUUCUAGAAAGGUAGGUACUCUCUAGUCCAUCUAGACUAGAUGGACUAGAUUUACUACAUUUAUUAGUAGUAAUGACUCAUCAUGGGAGUUGUCAUAGAUUUCCCCCUCAUCCUCCUAAACAUAGACUAAGCAGCACUCAGAGAUUGCUACUAUAUGAAGGAGGCACAAAGGUAGAUUUCCUCUGGAAUUAAAACUGGAUUGUAGUAAUCCACAGUUAAUACAGAGUUGAUUGUCCAGUAUAGACCUCCAGCAAUAAUGCUUCCCUCCUGCAAAUGACUAUAUAUAUAUGUAGUCUCUAAGGUAUUAACUCUACAGUUCUAGAAUCAGCCUACUGUGUGCUUAUGAGAAGCUCCUGGGCCUAGCGCUGCCUUUAAGCAGCGCACAGGAAGAGCUUCUGCUAGAGAAUGCCUUCUUGUCCUUAACCUCAGACGUAGUUCAGAUCUUCUGCUGUCCGCACUUAAGUUCAACAAGAAAAUACACUUUUUUUUCCCCUUACAAGUGGGUUGUUUUAUUAAUAAUGGCUUGUUUGCUGUCAUUUGGUAGUUCUCCCAUUGCUGCAGGUAUUUCUUUAAUUUAAUCAUCCUAAUUUGAAAACUUUAAUAAUAUGUAUGUCCCCCUCUCUCCUGAGCAUUAGAUUGUUCAGUAUGACAUAGAUAGGAAGAAUGCGAUUUUCAUUCCCUUUUGUAUUACUAAGUGCUUUAAGAACUUUCCUGGAGGAAAAAAAUGACAAGCAGAGGGGAAUAUGGGUUCAUCCUAUUUUUGCUACUUGAGUUUGCAUUUCCUUACUUUAAACCCCUUUUCCACUAUGGGACAUACCUUUCACAUUUUAUUUAAGUUCUAUGUUCUUAGGGAAAUAAAACAGCUGGCUUGUAAAAGUUACUUUAUAUGACAAUACUUACAAGCUUUGUGUAGACAUGUGCAAGGCACAGCUACCGAGCUUCAUUAUAAAUCAGCACAGCAUAGGAAUGCUGUCUUCAUACGUGACAGCUCUGGGGGCAUGUAACUGUGAUGGUUACACUCACUUCCAUUUGCUGUGGAGUUCUUUCUAAUUGUUACAUCCGGGCUAAAGCUUCACCUGGGAGGAGAGAUGCUAGAAAAGAGGAAAGAAAUGGCCGUGAAUGAGCUAGAGAUGGCUAAGAGGCAAAUGGAACUUCCCACUUUUGCAACAUUGAACACAUUUCUGCACUUUUGAAGUUAUCUAAAUAAAUAGAAGUGGGUUUUUUUGUGUGUGUGUGUGUGUGUGUGUGUUUUAGGAAUCCUGCUGCUUUCCUCUUUUUGUUGUUUGUAUUGGACCAUGCUUUUAAAUAAUUUUUUUACAUAGUCAAUCUUCAUAUAGUAAGUGCAAAAUUGUUAGUCACAGAUCUGUUUACAAUACGAGUCUUGGAUUGACGUCUUUCACAGGACACAGUUUCUUACAAGUUUGUUUAGUUGUGUGCCUCAGAACUCAGAGCCAUGCUUUAAGGGACUCAGUACGAUCCUGAACCAGAGUGGUAGGGAAGAGAUAGAGUCGUGUAAUUUUAGGCUUUGAUUUCAUGUGUAUACGUGAUUUUAGAAAGAAUAGAUUAUUACUGAUGCAUGUGAAUGAAGCUGGUCUUGCAGCUAUUGUCAUUGUAUGAACUCUGACUGGGAAUACUGUUAAAGCAUUUCAGACAUGUUUUCAGCCUGAGAGGCUGUAUGUUGCGGUUUGAAGACUUUCAUCCUUUGUGAUGCCGGCAACACUUGCUGCCAACUGGUAUUGUUAGUGGCAUGGAAUGGCUUCACCUCAUUUCCUUCACUAAGCCCCUUCUGCCCCCAAUCCUACCCCAAAUAAACUGCAUAGAGCUUUCUUCUUAGUUCUUGCUUGGGGUUGGGUAGUAUCCUGCUUGGAAAUCUUCAGGAUUUUUUAAUGAGGCUAGACCUUUAUAACCAUACCAGUUGUAUUACAAUGAAAGGUUUGUCAAUCUAUGCAAAUCAUUGCCUAGGUAUGUUUCUUGUGCACCGUACAUCUAACUGUGUGACUAGUUGGACCUUGGACCCAUCUUUUUUUUUUGUUGUUUGUUUGUUUUGUUUUGUUUUGUUGUUGGGAGCUGACAGGAAGACGACACUGCUAGCUAAAUGAAGACAUUUAACAUGAUGGUGGUCAUUAGCAGCUUAGAAAGACCCAUGGUGCUGGGUGGUUGGACUCCCAUUGUAGCAAUAUAAAGGUCUUACAGUGUGUUAGUUGUUUUGUUUGCUGGUACUAGGGUCUGCGGUCAGGGCUUCACACUCCACCUCUGAGCUUACAUACUGUGCUUUCUGCUUGAUUGCCUAUACUAACCUGGAAUUGUGAUCCUCUGGCCUUCUUUCAAGUGCUGGAGUGGAGGCCUGUGCCACCAUGCCAAACUUAGCCCUGGUGGUUUUAAAUGUCAAGAUUUGCCUUUAAUCAAAUGAGUUCUUUCUCUUAUCACCUGACCCUGCUCUGAGGUGGGUUGAUGUUACUGGUACCACUGGUACCCAAGUGAGUAAAAAUAUGUGUUAGAAAUAGUAAAUAUGUUACUAAUAUUUAAUUUUAACCUAUUGAACCAUAUAUCUUAAAUUCUCUGGGAAGAUAUUUCUCUUGUGUUAGAAGAUUAUAAAGUGCAUUACCCUAUAGUGUAUAGUUGAAAUAAAAGUUGUUUCUUCAAUUUAAAAUGUUGAAAAUGACACUAACUUUUUAAAAAAGUUACCCAAAAUAUUAUUAAGACCUUACAAGUUGUGUGUAUUAGUUCUAGAGUUCAAGCUAUUUUGAAAUUAUACUAAGAGAUUUUUUUUUUAAGGUUACAAGGUACCAAUUGAAGUACAAUUACUACCAUCAUGUUUCAGAGUAGAAUAUUAGGAGGUUCUGCCCUCUGUUGUGAAGUGGUCCCAGCUUCCUAAGACAGAGUCCCAUGUGUGUACACACUCUCUGGCAAGUGCCAUAGUUAGGGAAAUUAUUUCCAUGGUGAUUUUAUUUUUUUUCCUCUUUUGGUAGCUUGUGAACAUUGUGUUUUAUUUAAAAAUGCAAUUCAAGUAAAAUGUUAGGUACAGAAUGAGAUUCUGACACCUUAUAUUUAGGCAGAGGUCUUUCUAUUGCUUUUCAAGUAUACACCUACUGCUCUCUGUGAUAUUCCUGGUAUUGGGUAUGAAUCUGUAGAAAGAAAAUUUUUAAAGAAGGUAUGUAAUGAAUGAAUUUUAAUUUUGAAACAAUCAGUAUAAAUUUAAAACAUUAUGCUAGCAUGGCAUAACUUUAUGGAAUAUAAGAGGGAUAUAGCUAAGUCCUUUUAUACUGUCUGAAUUAACACCAGUCACCAUCUUAGAUGUCCUAGUCCCUAUUACCUUUUGGCUUAAUGGAGUACGUCAGUGUUAACUGUGCUUUGUGGACUUUUCUCUGAUGGUGGUUAAAAAGACGUGGCGAUUACAUUAUUGAAACAAACAUGAACUCACUGUAGAAGGAAGGGACUUUUGUAGUCUUGCCUCAAGUAAACUAAAUAUGUACAGUGUUUAAAGUUCGUGUACUUAGUACCUGUGUUAAAUGUUUUGGUAGUACUAAAAAAUGAGCAAAAUUACUCUUUUUCUUUAGUAGUGAGUAACAUAAAUCCACCAGCUGCAUUACCCUGCUGAGUGGAGGUGAAAUACUGUGGUUGUAAGACUUGGCAUUACUCCAGAUGACAAAUUGGCUGUGUGUGACACCUGGGCAGUUGCUUGGUUUGUAUUCUCAUCUGAAUGCACAGUGUGAUACCUGCACUGUUGAUUUUUGGCUUAAGUAAUUACUGAAGAAAUAUCCUCCCCCAGCUCUAAAAUCACAGCCCUGAGCUCCAUAAUUGGGCUUACCACAGUAUGACUGAACGACAGGUGAUACUAUUCACACGCACUUACUCAUCCAUUUGUCAACUACUGGACACUUGGCUUGUGUGCAGCAUCUACGACUAAAAAGAAGAUAACGCAUCAAGUCUUCCCAAACAGCCUCACUGCUGCUUAAGCAUAUAUGUACUUUCUCCCAGCUAAUGCCCUGUUGCCUGGGAACUGGGGUUAUUAACAACCAAGGGGUCCAGUCACAUCACCCCUCUCAUACUGCACGUCUGUCGACAAGAGAACACCUGCCGUGACAGCCGAGAGGGCUGUGACAGACAGUGUCAGACUAGUCCUGGGCAUGGUGUGUGGCAGGUGAGGAGCUGAUGUAGAAUCUUAGACAUCUUUAGAUCCAGUAUUGAUAAGAGCAGUUUUCCAAAACAGAGACAUCUAAGAGGAGACCAGAACAGGCUGCUGCUGGUUCUCCAGUGUUGACUGUGGUGUGCACUGCUGUCAGUCAGAGGAGGGAUGCACUGCAUCGUGACACGCAGGACUGGUAACACAGCAGGUCCUGCUGCGCUGGCAAGUAUUUGGGGAGUAAAGAUGGAGUCACAAUCAAUUUUAAUUGGGUAAAUUCUCUUGUAACUCUGGGAUUCUGUGAAUCAGGUUGUAAUUUUUUCUUUAAAUACUAAUAUCAGUUGAUGAUACUAACAUUCUUUAUAAAGAUAUAAAAUAUAUUUUAAAAACUUAUGUAUCAUAGCUGUAGCUUUUUAAGGUGGGAAAAUGUCCAAGUAAAGUGUUAGAUGACUAUAUAUAAUGAUGCAUUCAAACAGAUUUUCUUUUUUUUAAGGUAUACUAAUCUAAAUAGCCCAGUAAUCUGGCCUUUAAAUUGUUCUGGGGUGCUGGUACUCUUAAAGUGUUUUAAGUUCUUUAAAGUAUACCUAAAUUGUGAAAUAUUCCAUGCUAUUUAGAUCUCUGUUGCAUUAACACUGAUUUUGUAGAUGUAUUCUUGGAACUUCAUACUUCAGCCAAGAAUACAGAGAUUGUAAUUUUGUAUGUGAUUUCUCACGUUGAUGGACUGCUAAUCACCUCAUUCAAAAGAUGGGUCUUUUGUUUUGUUUUGUUUUUCCAAAAUUGAGAAGUUCUUGGAAAGGGCAGGAUUGUGCUAGGGAUGCAGGUUGUGUGUUGCAGACAGUGUGCACAGGAGCGGAUGCUGACAGUAGGAAAGGGCUCCAGGCCUCUGGAUUCAGGUAGAAUGUUCUCUUUACUGCUUCAGAUUUGUUCCACAGGGGCAAAUUGCUGUGAUUAACUACUUUUUAACCUAUUAAGCACAUUUAAAAAAAAUUACUUUUGAUUCUUCCCAUUGUUCUAAAAUCAAAGUUUCAUACUAAAAAAAAAUCUCAAAAGAUGAUUCAUCAGGAAAAAAAAGCACCACCACGGGGGAAAGAAAAUGUGUUUUAAUCUUAGAGAAAGCAAAUAUUAAGGUUAUAUGGAUGUGUCUUACAUGGGAUGUUGUAUGAGUCCUCACAGAAAAUGACAUAGUUGUAGCACCUUAGCAUAGACUUCCUAGACUGGUGUUCAUAGCUACAAUUUUACAAUGUAUAACCUGAAAAUGAAGUUAAUUUUGCAUUAUAAGAGCACACCAUUAUCUAUGUAAAAACUGUUCAUUUGAUGUAUUUUUUUAAGAAAAGAGAAAGCACUUUCAUAUUACGUCGCAUGUGUAUGAAUUUUAGACUUCCUGUUCGUAUGUCUAUUCAGUGAGUAAAACGGAGCAUCAGAUGUUUGCUGGCAAUGUUAACUGCUAAUGGAAGCACCUUAUACUCUGCUGCUUAAACUUGCUUGGAUUGCACCUUUGUUACCUGCACACUUUCACAUAGAGUAUUGUAACAUGGCUUCGAGUGGGUCUGGGUGGAAGAUUAGUGGUGGGCCUACAGGAUCUUUUAUUUAUGUUGUUUAUAUUACAAUAAUAUAUUGUAGACCAGUUGUAACUUCAGUUCUUUACAAAUAAAAAUCUGACUGGUUA